UCAAUAAAUCUCUCCAUUUUUACACAACUCACCAGUAUGUAAUGGAAUCAUCCCACACGAAUCAAUUUCGCGAAAUUAAAACCAUAGAUUUCUGCAAAAUUGAUUCAUUUCUGUAAAAAAUGGAGGGUUCGUCGACGAUCGCAAGGAGGACAUGGGAGCUCGAGAACAACAUUCCACCUGAUUCAUCCUCCGAUUGCAUCUUCUACUACGACGACACUGCGCAGAGUAAGUUCCAGCAGGAGAAACCAUGGGCGAACGAUCCUCACUACUUCAAGCGAGUCAAGAUCUCAGCGCUUGCUCUCCUUAAGAUGGUGGUCCACGCUCGCUCCGGUGGCACCAUCGAAAUCAUGGGUCUUAUGCAGGGGAAGACCGAUGGUGAUGCAAUCAUCGUUAUGGACGCUUUCGCUUUGCCAGUGGAAGGAACCGAGACAAGGGUUAAUGCUCAAGCCGACGCCUACGAGUACAUGGUCGAGUAUUCGCAGACCAACAAGCUCGCUGGGAGGUUGGAGAAUGUUGUUGGAUGGUAUCACUCCCACCCUGGAUAUGGAUGCUGGCUCUCGGGUAUUGACGUUUCUACUCAGAGGCUUAACCAACAGUAUCAGGAGCCAUUUUUAGCUGUUGUUAUUGAUCCCACAAGGACUGUUUCAGCUGGUAAGGUUGAGAUUGGAGCAUUUAGAACAUAUUCAGAAGGAUAUAAGCCUCCAGAUGAACCUGCUUCUGAGUAUCAGACUAUCCCUCUUAAUAAGAUCGAGGACUUUGGUGUUCACUGCAAACAGUAUUAUUCAUUGGAUGUCACUUAUUUCAAGUCAUCUCUUGAUAGUCACCUUCUGGAUCUCCUAUGGAGCAAGUACUGGGUGAACACUCUUUCAUCUUCCCCACUGCUGGGCAAUGGAGACUAUGUUGCCGGACAAAUAUUAGACUUGGCUGAGAAGCUUGAGCAAGCAGAGAGUCAUCUGGCUCAUUCUCGCUUUGGAGGAAGUGUGCCAUCAUCCCUUCAUAGGAAAAAAGAGGAUGAGUCUCAACUAACUAAGAUAACUCGGGAUAGCUCAAAGAUAACUGUGGAACAGGUCCAUGGACUAAUGUCACAGGUUAUCAAAGACGUAUUAUUCAACUCUGUGAGCCAAUCCAGCAAGUCUCCCUCUGACUCGUCGGAUCUCGAGCCUAUGGUUACACCUUGAAGUUGCUAGUGUUUUGGUUUGUAGGCUUGUAGCAAUGUGCCGUAGUUUUUUUGGGCAAUGAAUUUGGGUUUGACCACACAUCGUUCGUGGUUAUCUUGUCGUGUCAUUUCCUUUUUUGUCCUGUUGUUGUGUAAGGCAAAUGAAAUGAGAACGAAUUUUAGACUGAA